GAGUCUGUUAUAUAUAUAUAGCAUUUGAGCAGCUGCUUAACUUUUACGUUUUUCCUUCAUUCAUUAAUCAUCUUCUCCCUUGUUGUUGUUCAACUUCAAAAUGGCCAACACCAAUCUACCUCGAAGAAUCAUCAAGGAGACGCAGCGCUUACUUAGUGAACCAGCUCCGGGAAUAAGCGCAUCGCCAUCGGAAGAGAAUAUGCGGUAUUUUAAUGUCAUGAUUCUUGGCCCUUCUCAAUCUCCUUAUGAAGGAGGAGUCUUUAAACUGGAGUUAUUUUUGCCGGAAGAAUAUCCAAUGGCCGCUCCCAAGGUUCGGUUUCUUACAAAAAUAUACCACCCUAACAUCGAUAAGCUUGGCAGGAUUUGUCUCGAUAUCCUUAAAGACAAAUGGAGCCCUGCUCUACAGAUUCGCACUGUACUCCUGAGCAUUCAAGCACUUUUGAGUGCUCCAAAUCCAGAUGAUCCGUUAUCUGAGAAUGUAGCCAAACACUGGAAGACUAAUGAAGCUGAAGCCGUUGAAACAGCAAAGGAAUGGACCCAUAUGUAUGCUAGUGGCACCUAGUGCCUGUAGGUUCAUGCCUUCAGCCCCCAUGCUGCCCCAAGAAAUAACUUGUAUCAUUUGAUAUUGAUGAAUUUAUGAUUUCCAUAUUUCUGUUUUGGAAAUCUCAGCAAGUGGGAAAAAAAAGUUGGAUCUCCCUUGCUGCUAUUUCCCUGACGAUUAAUGUUUUCAUCCUUGUCAUUUGGGAUAAGCUACUCUCGUGUUGUAAUUUUCAUUUUUAAGAUUUCAUGAACAGUCAA